AGAGUCGAACGGGCGUUUCAUUUCCACCGCCCCUGCAACUGAAGAGAAAUUAAAGUUGAUCCUCCUGCAAAAGAAUAUCCACAUGUGCCCUAAACUCUUGAAAAAUAGCUAUAAACUACAACAGAAGUUAAAAUGGAUCUGAGGUAUGUGUUGGUUAUCGCGGUCAUCUCGUUAAUCUAUGUAAAAUGUGAAUCCAGUCCAUUGGAUGACUUGGUUAUUGAUCGCUACUCCAUACCCACACUUUGUCCAAGAGAAGUGCAAACCGGGGAUUUCGUACGCUAUCAUUUCAACGGAACACUUCCUGAUGGGAAAAAGUUUGAAUCGAGUCAUGAUAAAGGUAAACCAUUCGUGGGGCAGGUCGGACUGGGUAGUGCGGUGAUCACCGGGCUUGAUCGGGGAGUCCUGGGAAUGUGUGUGAAUGAACGCAGGAAGCUCACCAUCCCCCCUCACCUGGCUUAUGGAGUCCUAGGCGCAGGUACAGUGAUACCUCCAGACACCACUCUGGCGUUUGAUGUUGUCUUGCUGGAUGUGUGGAACAUGGAUGAUAAGGUCCAGACUCGCACCCUCAGCAAACCCCAAGACUGCAAGCGCAAAGUGAUCGCCACAGACUUCAUCCGGUACCACUAUAAUGGAACCCUGAUGAAUGGAACCCUGUUUGACUCCAGCCAUAGCAGGGCGAGGACAUAUGACACGUAUGUUGGCGAGGGUUACUUGAUCAAAGGCAUGGACAUCGGCCUGCUGGGCAUGUGUGUGGGAGAGAGACGCUCUAUUCUCAUUCCCCCAUUCCUGGGCUACGAGGAUAAAGGAUACGGUUCUGUGAUCCCUCCACAUGCCAGUCUGGUGUUUGAUGUGUUGUUGGUCGACCAUUUCCACGCCAACGACACUAUCGAGGUGGAGGUUCUAUACACUCCUGAGUCCUGCACCAGGAAAUCCGUGUCGGGCGAUUACAUCCGCUACCAUUAUAACGGCACCCUCCAGGAUGGCACCCUCUUUGACAGCAGUUAUCAGCGUAACAGCACGUACAACACUUACAUCGGGAUGGGAUUCGUGAUCCUUGGCAUAGACAAGGCUCUGCAGGGAGUGUGUAUAGGGGACAAGAGACGGGUCAAAAUCCCUCCUCAUAUGGCCUACGGCGAGAGUGGAGUGGAGGGUAUGAUCCCUGGAUCAGCAGUGCUCAUCUUUAACAUCCACGUGAUUGACUUCCACAAUCCUAACGACACAGUGGCCAUCAAAGUGACACAUAAGCCAAACAUCUGUAACCUGACCACCGCUAGCAAUGACCUCAUCCAGUACCGUUACAACUGCUCUCUGCUGGACGGCACUUUGCUCUACACCUCAGAUAACUUUGAUCUGCCCCCUCGGACCACGCUGGGCGCGGGGAAGAUCAUUGAGGGUCUGGACACGGGGCUCCUGGGCAUGUGUGUGGGCGAGAAGAGGGAUGUCCUCGUGCCCCCGCAUCUCGGCCACGGAGAGAAUGGAGCGGCUGAGGUUCCCAGCAGUGCGGUGCUGAUGUUUGAGCUGGAGCUCCUGGAGGUGCAGAAGGGGGUUCCUGACGGCUACCUGUUUGUGUGGCUGGGAGACAGUCCAGACCCCCUGUUCCCCGCCAUGGACUUGAACAAGGACCAGGAGGUUCCCCUGGAAGAGUUUACCACCUUCAUCGAGUCCCAGAUCGCCGAUGGCAAAGGUCGCAUGCGUCCAGGGAUGGACAAGGACGUCGUCAUCAAAGAUAUGUUCACCAAUCAGGAUCGUAACAACAAUGGCAAGAUCACCGCAGAAGAGCUUAAACUCAAAUCAGAUGAGGACCCCCCCAAGCAUGAAGAACUGUAAGAGGCACAUUAAACCAAUGAGAAAGAGAUCUUAGGGGGAGGGAGGGAGGGAGGGAGGGAGGAGAGGCAGAGACUUGGAAACCAUACCAACAAAACUUCACUGAAUCGUUGUCUAGCCAGUCAUUGAACAAAACACCACCAACUACUCAUUCAGACCCAAUAUCUUACAAUGCACUGCAGAUAUCCAAGAGGCUUGGUUUGCCUUCUGGUGUAAAAACGGGUGGUUGUAUGUUUUAGACAGGGUAUGUGCAAUACAAGACUUUUUUUUUGUAAGGACCUUGGAUCUUGUGACAUAUUAAAGAAUAAACAACAAACUGUGUUUGUAAUUAAAAAUGACAAAAAAUUGAAUAUGUGAAUUGCCUACAAGAUUACUGUUUUUUAGCCAACCCUGAUUUUUUUUCUCAAAGGUUGGAUAGAGCAGAGAUAAUUGAACUGUCUGAAAACAAUAUAAUCCCCAGUCAAAAGUAUAGCACAAUUGUAUGUGCCUAUAAUUGUAUGUACAACACUUCUGUAGAUGUUUAGUCCAAUAAAAAUGAUGCCUGUGGGUGCUUUUUUGUUUUUUAAUAAAAGAUUGAUUGGUGUUGUCUGAAUUAAAA